UGUCGUUUUAGAUCUCAUUGUUUUGAUCUGUAUGUAUUCAACAAUGAAUCGAAGCUUUAGGUCUCAAGAAAUGCAAAUGCAGGCCGCGGCUUUGAAGCAGAGACAGCAAUUACGAGCUUCAAUGAUGAGGGAGAAAGAAGAGGAGCUCUCAUUGUUUCUCGAGAUGCGAAAGCGUGAGAAGGAGCAAAGUAAUCUGUUUCUUAAUAACUCUGAAGAAGAGUUCGAAGCACCAUUAGGGUCGAAACCAGGGACUUCUCCGAUAUUUAACAUUUCUUCUUCGAACACGCCGGCGAGAAAGACUGGUGCUGAUGAUUUUCUUAAUUCUGAUAAUGAUAAAAAUGACUAUGACUGGCUUCUGACUCCUCCUGGGACUCCUCUUUUUCCUUCUUUGGAGAUGGAAUCACAAAAGACUGUUAUGAGCCAACUUGGUACUUCAAAGGCCCGCCCUACUGGCCUGAAAUCCAGAGUAAGAGUGCUAUGA